ACAUAAAUGUGUAUAGAAAUGUCUGUAAAACAAUAACAAAAUUAACCAACGAACUGACAUUUAGAGCAUUUACACACAGAAAUGAACAGAUUAGUGUCUGUCGUUCAUAACUUGAUACGCUCUGAACGAGCUCAAUAUGCGAUAAAACCGGUUCGAUUUUAAUCAGACGUUUUGCAAAUCAAAACACAUUCACUUUCUGUGUAUAGUACAGUGCAACAAAGUGUCAAUCAUGGAACUUGAAGGUGCAAUAAAGUCAUACGAUUGGGGAAAAUUGGGAGCCCAGUCCAAAGUGGCAACGCUGGCAAAGGCAAACAAUUUGUCGUUCAAUAUUGACAACGAAAAUUGCUAUGCUGAAUUGUGGAUGGGCGACCAUGUCAGCGGUCCGUCAAUUGUAUCGGGUACUGAUCAAUCUUUAGAUCAAUUGUUGGCUAAAGACAAAGAAUUGAUUGGUGGAAUGAGCAAAUUACCAUUUUUGUUGAAAGUGUUGAGCAUCGGCAAAGCAUUAAGCAUUCAAGUGCAUCCGAGUAAGUCUGAAGCUGAGAAACUAUUUGCUAGUCGUCCAGACCUGUACAAAGAUCCAAAUCAUAAGCCAGAAUUGGCGAUAGCUCUAACACCAUUUUUAGCGUUGUGUGGAUUUCGUCCGUACGAGGAGAUUUACACUAAUUUGAAAGAAAACGAACCGUUGUACGUUCUGAUAGGUGCCGAAAAUGUCGAACAAAUCAAAGUAAACGGACCGGAUGGAUUGAGACAUUGCUUUUCAUUGUUGAUGCAUUCCAAAGAUUCCGAUGUUCAUUCCUGCAUAGCUAAGUUGAACGAAUCAUUCCAAACGAAGGAGCCGACCACCGACCGACGAAUAUUCCAUCAACUGAACGAACAAUUUCCCAACGAUGUUGGUAGUCUCUGUCUAUUCUUCCUAAACGUAAUCGAAUUGCAACCGGGACAGGCGAUAUUUUUACCAGCCAAAGAGCCGCACGCUUACUUGAGUGGUGAUUGCAUCGAAUGCAUGGCAUGUUCGGAUAAUGUGGUGCGAGCUGGUCUAACGCCAAAGUAUAAGGAUGUGGAAACAUUGCUGGCAAUGUUAAAUUACGAUGGUUCAUCGGGCGAAAGUAAAAUCUUUCAGCCGAAAGUCGUAGACGAGCAUCAGUUGUUGUUCGCACCAGCUGUCGAAGAUUUUGCAGUUGUCAAGAUUCAGGUAUCCACAAAGAAGUAUCGAAUAAAAAAUUCAAAAUUUGGUUCCAUCAUCAUUGUGCUAGCAGGCAAAGCAUCGGCAAAUGCUCAAAAUUUAGAACCAGUUGCGCUGAAAGAGGGAAAAAUAUGUUUCGUACCAGCGACCUCUUCCUAUAUUGAUGUCGAUGUAACGGAAGACCUGGUUGCGUAUCAGGCGAUGUACAAUGAUUUUUCGUAAAUAAAAUUGAUUUUUUUAUUUUCCAAAA